AGUGCGCUCGGCGGGUACAGGGGGUUGCUGGGCUCUUUUGUUUGGCGGAGGGCGGAUCGCGAGCGGCCAGGCCUGUGGCGCGGCGCCGACGGUAACGGUUCCCCGCCGACCUCCACCGCCUCAGCCCGGCCCGGCCGCCGCAGCGCGCAGCCCCCGCCCCCACGGCUCCGUUUCCCCCCGGGCAUCGUUGGCGAGGCUGUGAAAACAGCGUCGCCCUUAAGCUGAAAAACUGGCCAGCACAAUGGGAAAAAAGCAGAACAAGAAGAAAGUGGAGGAGGUCUUAGAGGAAGAAGAGGAGGAGUAUGUGGUGGAGAAGGUCCUAGACCGGCGAGUGGUGAAAGGCAAAGUGGAGUAUCUGCUGAAGUGGAAAGGCUUCUCGGACGAGGAUAACACAUGGGAGCCGGAGGAGAAUCUCGACUGCCCCGACCUCAUUGCAGAGUUUCUCCAGUCCCAGAAAACCGCACACGAGAGUGAGAAAUCUGAGGGGAGUAAACGCAAAGCCGAAUCUGACACAGAGGACAGAGGGGAGGAGAGCAAACCAAAGAAGAAAAAGGAAGAGUCGGAGAAACCACGAGGCUUUGCCCGGGGGUUUGAACCUGAGCGGAUCAUCGGCGCCACAGAUUCCAGCGGGGAGCUCAUGUUCCUGAUGAAAUGGAAGAACUCUGAUGAGGCUGACCUGGUCCCCGCAAAGGAAGCCAACAUCAAGUGCCCCCAGGUGGUCAUCUCAUUCUAUGAGGAGAGACUGACAUGGCACUCUUACCCCUCGGAAGAUGACGACAAGAAAGAGGACAAGAACUAACCCACGCCUGCUCUGGCCAACCUUUGUAUAAAGAUCAGACUGUGGGUUUGAGCGACAGUGAGAGAAUGCAGCUCUACUUAGCGGAGAGGUGGCUUGAGAAGAUGCCCUUUGAAGAGACAGUAUGGUUUCUGUGCCCUGCAGCUGCCCAAGUGUCCAGCUUCAAACCAGCCUGACACGAGGGGGAGGGGGAGAUGUGUUUCAAGGCUGUUUCUGCAGCUUUCUGGAGAGGAAGUGAAAGCCCCUUCCAUGAAGAACUAUUGCUGGUGCUGGGUAGGCUGGGGAAAGGGAGGGCAGAUGGAUACUGCUUGUUCUUCAAAGACCAUCUCAGCAACCCACAGCCUUCUUCCCAAUAGUGUUAACUCUGCAUUUUUACAGCGUAGCAUGUGUGUAGGUUUUUUCUUUUUGCUAUUACUGGUGUAUCAGUUUGGGGUGGGUCUUUUUAAAGGGGGGGGGGGGGGAAAACGGUUGACAGUGUUCCAGAUCCAUGACCAGAAUCCUUUUUUAUAAACAUCUUUAUUAACUUAAACCCCCGAGUAUUGGUAAUAGGACUAGGGGGAGGGACAAUGGUAUGAGACUGAAGCUGUGAAUGUCCAAAUCCUCAAUCCCUAGAGCAAUGUUAUUGGGGGCAGGAUGGGGGGGGGGGGACCUGCAAAGAUGCAAGCCUGUAAUUAGUAGUGUCUCCAAACAGAACUGCCAGUGUUGCUGACUUGUGUAUUGUAAAUGAGAGGGUGGGGAAUGGGGAGGGAAUUGAUAUCAACCCCUUAAAAGCCCUUCUGCCCCCUUUCCGUUAAGGUGCUAUUUUGUGAAAUUAGAGAAAUAGAAAGUUCUGAUUUCUUUGAUUUCUUUUCAUCCCCAAUUGGAUUCUGUCCACCUGGCAGCAUUGGGAUCCCCUUUAUUCUCUGUAUGUAUGUAUGUACGUAUGUGAUAACACGGUCCUCCCUGUUUUUAAUCCUAUUAGUGUAAUGUGAGAGGGAGGUGAAAUCAUUUCAAAAUCCUCUCCCAACAAGUGAUUUGUUUUCAAGCCCAAACUUCAGCACUGGAGCCAGCGCUGUUGCUCUGCUGAAUUUUUUUUUUAAUCAAACGGAUUUAUUAAAAAUACUGAAAUAUUUAAUGUCUGGAGUCAUGAGCUCCUACAGGCUCCUGGCACCUCCUUGUAGGGUGAUAUGUAUCUAGAACUGCAUUGUACAAACCUUUUUUUAAAAGCAUGUGUUGUUUAGGUUUCUGUGAAAACAUUGUUUAAAUGUAAAGUACGUGUUUGGAUUUUAACUUCAUACCAAGCUCUGUCCGUUUUUUUGUCUCAAUAAAAUUUUAGAUUUAUAA